AAGUUCGCACAAUUCAAGAAGCAUAAUUCUUUCCCUCGUCAUUAAUGUUGCGAAACUUGCUCAGGAUGCCUUUUUACGCUGUAGCAAAUGGUCGAACGCCGGGAAUUUAUAAAACUUGGGCAGAAUGUGAAUCUCAAGUCAAAGGAUUUAAAGCUGCAAAAUACAAAAAGUUCAACACUGAAGCAGAAGCCAAAAAUUUCGUAACUGGAGUGCCUUCAUUAUCAUCAAAUAGCAAAAAACGUCCUUCAGAAGCCCUUUCUUCAACUUCUUCCGCCGCUCCUGCUACUAAAAGAUUCAAAUCAACAAAAACUGCCGCCUCAGAACUGCCAACAACGAAAAUUGUCGGCUUAAAAUCCUUCGGAAAGCACACAUUCCCCGUUGACAGCGACGAUUUCGUGCAUGUUUACACCGACGGGUCAUGCGAAGGCAACGGAAGCACAAUCGCCUGUGCUGGGCUCGGAAUUUACUUCAUGGAUGGACAUGCCUUGAACACAGCAAAGCCCGUUUUGGGUCGUCCCACGAACAAUUCGGGCGAAAUUCAAGCGAUAAUUCUCGCGAUUCAACUUGCCAAAGCGAAUUCCAUCAAAAAAUUGCAAAUAAAUACGGAUUCGAUGUACGUGAUAAAUGCCGUGACACAAUGGAUGCCUGCGUGGAAGCGAAAAAAUUGGAAGAAAACAGGCGGAGGGGAGCUAAAAAACCUCGAAGACUUCCAAAAACUCGACAAAGAACUCAAUUCCAACGAAAUUCAAGUGCGAUGGAAUCACGUAGCGGGUCAUGCGGGCAUUCAAGGGAAUGAAGGAGCAGAUAAAUUGGCUCGGGAAGGCGCCCAAAUGUACAGAGAUGCAAAAAAAAGUGCGAAAAAAUAAAAUUUUAUUCAUUGUGA